UGUGCCGAAGAAGAUUUAUAUAAUUUUUAAUUAUGUUUGUGCUGCAGAAGAAUAUUUGAAACUGCCCCACUCGGUUUUGGGCUGAAUUCGGGCGUUCCUUUUCCCGAUCCCAGCAAAGGACCUACAAGGGCGCGGCGACCAGGCGUCGCCGGCGGCGCAGUCUAUAACGAGGAAGAAACUGGCAAAGAAGCGCCGGAGGGAGACGAUAGUUCAGAUCAGAAGAGCAGAUGGAAGGAGCCAAGGCAGCGACGGAGCCGCCGGCGGGCGGGAAGCUGGAAUCGGCGCUCCUCCAGAUUAUGCAGCAACACCACAACCAAUCCAUCCGCCAGCGCCAACAAACCGAGAGGGUGAAGAAGAAUGCCGUGAGGAGCGCGUCGCGGGUCGCCGGCCACCUCGUGGAAGCCGUUGAUGGCGGCGUGCAGGAGCUCUUCGUCAACGAGAAGCGCAUCGAGCUAGAGGCCCGCGCCCUGCUGGGAACCAUCACGCGAUACAGGAAGCAGACCGACCAGUGGCUCGCUGCCACCAAUGCGGUCAACUCGGUCUUAAAGGAAAUUGGAGAUUUUGAGAAUUGGAUGAAGAUCAUGGAUUUCGAUUGUAAAAGUGUAAAUGCAGCCAUUCGUAACAUUCACCGGUCAUGACUUUGUCUGGUGCUUGGAUUAUGAUAUCGUGGAGCGUUUUUUCCUUGAUUUGUUGAUAGCCAAUUUGGGACUUCGAAAACUGGAUUCAUAUAUUUUGACUGUAAACUUAUCAGUGCGGUCAUGUGUAAUAUUCGUCGGUCAUUAUCCUAUCUGGAGUAUGAUGCUAUGAAGUGUUCGCUCCCUUCUCUUCUCA